AUGGCCAGGCUGUUCACCUUACGCCGUAAAGAGGCACUCCGUGAGUCUGGCGUUACACAUGUCUUGUCUGUCCUGGGACUACCACUGGAUCAAGCACUAUUCGAGGGCUUUGAGCAUUACGUGGUUGAGGUUGAUGAUGUCGACGACGAGAAUCUGCUUGAGCACUUCCCGGCCACAAACAAAUUCAUACAGCAAGGACUCGAUGGUGGUGGCGGCGUUCUUGUGCACUGCGCAAUGGGCAAGUCCCGCUCGGCGACCGCGGUGUGUGCCUUCCUGAUGCAGAGAUAUUGCAUAACACCCGACCAAGCAUUAGCACAAAUCCGCGAGACUCGACCGCUAUGCGAGCCCAAUGAUGGCUUCUGGCAGCAGCUUGAGCUAUACCAUCGAAUAGCAACGCCGGAAAGUGUCGAGGACAGUCCUGCGUAUCAGCGAUGGCUCUAUCAGCGAGAAAUCGAGCUCAGUCGUGCAUGUGGACAAGCGCCCGAGGCGGAGAAGAUUCGUUUCGAGGAUGAACAUGCUCAUGAAGGGGCUGCGGACUUUGAGCUGAGAUGUAGGAAGUGCAGACGGACCCUUGCCACAUCUCAAUACCUUACCGACCAUAAGACGCGCGAAGGUGUUGCACCAGUAUCUUGCGCGCACUACUUUCUCGAUCCGCUGUCUUGGAUGAGAGCGGAGCUAGAGCAAGGCAAGCUGGACGGUCGCCUUGAAUGCGCCAAGUGCAAGACGAACGUCGGGAAGUAUGCGUGGCAAGGUAUGCAGUGCAGCUGUGGGGACUGGGUUGUGCCUGGUAUCAGCCUGGCCAAGGGCAAAAUCGACGAAGUCAAGUCCCGGCCACAGACUGCUGCGGGUCUGGGUAUACGGCAGCCACCACAGGCGGUAGGGCGGAAGACAGGCUCUGGCCACGAGAAUUUGUGA